GACAGUGAUGGGAUCCCAUGGUCAGAAGAGAGAGUGGUACGGAAAGUCCUUUAUUUGUCUCUGAAGGAAUUCAAGAAUGCACAGAAAAGGCAGCAUGGGGAGGGCAUUGCUGGGAGCCUGAAAACAGUGAAUGGGCUCCUUGGUAAUGACCAGUCUAAGGCCUUAGGACCCGCAUCAGAGCAGUCAGAGAAUGAGAAGGACGAUGCAUCCCAAGUGUCCUCUACUAGCAACGAUGUUAGUUCUUCAGAUUUUGAAGAAGGGCCGUCGAGGAAAAGGCCCAGGCUGCAAGCACAAAGAAAGUUUGCUCAAUCUCAGCCGAAUAGUCCCAGCACAACUCCAGUGAAGAUUGUGGAGCCUUUGCUACCCCCGCCAGCUACUCAAAUUUCUGACCUCUCUAAAAGGAAGCCUAAGACAGAAGACUUUCUUACCUUUCUCUGCCUUCGAGGUUCUCCUGCACUGCCCAGCAGUAUGGUAUAUUUUGGAAGCUCUCAGGAUGAGGAGGAUGUCGAAGAGGAAGAAGAUGAGACAGAAGAUGUCAAAACAGCCAACAACAAUGCUUCGUCUUCAUGCCAGUCCACCCCCAGGAAAGGAAAAACCCAUAAGCAUGUACACAAUGGACAUGUCUUCAAUGGCUCCAACAGGUCAACACGGGAGAAAGAACCCGCUCAAAAACACAAAAGCAAAGAGGCCACUCCCGGGAAGGAGAAGCACAUUGACCACAGGGCAGACAGCCGAAGGGAUCAGGCUUCAGUGGCUCAGCCCACAGGCACCCCCUCUGCGGGCUCCUUGGCCAAGGGGCUUCCUGCCAACCACCAACUUCCCCCUCCACAUCGGUCGGCUCAGGACUUACGGAAACAGGUAUCUAAGGUAAAUGGAGUCACUCGAAUGUCAUCUCUGGGUGCAGGUACAACCAGUGCCAAAAAGAUCCGAGAAGUCAGACCUUCACCAUCUAAAACUGUGAAGUACACUGCCACAGUGACCAAGGGGACUGUCACAUACACCAAAGCCAAGAGAGAACUGGUUAAGGAAACCAAACCCACCCACCACAAGCCCAGUUCAGCUGUCAACCACACAAUCUCAGGGAAAACUGAAAGUAGCAAUGCAAAAACACGCAAACAGGUGCUAUCCCUCGGGGGGGCGUCCACGUCCACGUCCACCGGGCCUGCUGCCAGUGGCCUUAAGGCCAGCAGCAGGUUGAACCCAAAGUCAUGCACUAAGGAGGUGGGGGGGCGGCAGCUGAGGGAGGGGCUGCGGAAUUCCAAGAGGAGACUGGAAGAGGCACAGCAGGUGGACAAGCCGCAGUCAGCCCCCAAGAAGAUGAAAGGGGCAGCAGGCUUUGCUGAAGCCUCUGGCAAAAAGGCCUCAGCAGCUUCUGCAGAGAAAUCUCUGCUGAAUGGACACGCGAAGAAGGAAGUGCCCGAGCGAAGUUUGGAAAGGAAUCGGCCAAAGCGGGCCACAGCUGGCAAGAACACGCCGGGCAAACAAGCACACGGCAAGGCAGAGGGCACCCCCUGUGAAAAUCGUUCUACCUCGCAACCCGAGUCCUCGCACAAGCCGCACGAUCCGCAGGGCAAGCCAGAGAAGGGGAUUGGCAAAUCUGGGUGGGCAGCAAUGGACGAGAUCCCUGUCCUCAGGCCCUCCGCCAAGGAGUUCCACGACCCUCUCAUCUACAUUGAGUCAGUACGUGCUCAGGUGGAAAAGUAUGGGAUGUGUCGUGUGAUUCCCCCUCCAGACUGGCGGCCAGAGUGCAAGCUCAACGAUGAGAUGCGCUUUGUCACGCAGAUCCAGCACAUCCAUAAGCUGGGCCGGCGCUGGGGCCCCAACGUACAGCGGCUAGCCUGCAUCAAGAAGCACCUCAGAUCUCAGGGCAUCACCAUGGAUGAGCUCCCCCUCAUAGGAGGCUGUGAGCUCGACCUGGCCUGCUUUUUCCGGUUGAUUAAUGAGAUGGGCGGCAUGCAGCAAGUGACUGACCUCAAAAAAUGGAACAAACUAGCAGACAUGCUGCGUAUUCCCAAAACUGCCCAGGACCGGCUGGCCAAACUGCAGGAGGCCUACUGCCAGUACCUGCUCUCCUAUGACUCCCUGUCCCCCGAGGAGCACCGACGGCUGGAGAAAGAGGUGCUGAUGGAGAAGGAGAUCCUAGAGAAGCGCAAAGGGCCAUUAGAGGGGCACACAGAGAAUGACCACCACAAGUUCCACUCCCUGCCCCGCUUUGAGCCCAAAAAUGGGCUCAUCCAUGGCGUUACUCCCAGGAACGGCUUCCGUAGCAAGCUCAAGGAGGUGGGCCAGGCCCCACUCAAAACAGGCCGGCGGCGAUUGUUCGCUCAGGAAAAAGAAGCGGUCAAAGAGGAGGACGAGGACAAAGGUGUCCUCAGUGACUUCCACAAGUGCAUCUAUAAGGGAAGAUCUGUUUCUCUAACAACUUUUUAUCGAACAGCAAGAAACAUCAUGAACAUGUGCUUCAGCAAGGAGCCUGCACCAGCAGAGAUCGAGCAAGAGUACUGGAGGUUAGUGGAAGAGAAGGACUGUCAUGUGGCAGUUCACUGCGGGAAAGUGGACACUAACACCCACGGCAGCGGCUUCCCCGUGGGGAAAUCAGAGCCCUUUUCAAGGCAUGGAUGGAACCUCACCGUCCUCCCCAAUAACACAGGGUCCAUCCUGCGUCACCUUGGUGCUGUGCCUGGAGUGACUAUUCCCUGGCUAAAUAUUGGCAUGGUCUUUUCUACCUCAUGCUGGUCUCGAGACCAAAAUCACCUUCCAUAUAUUGACUACUUACACACUGGUGCUGACUGCAUUUGGUAUUGCAUUCCUGCUGAGGAGGAGAACAAGCUGGAAGAUGUGGUCCAUACCCUGCUGCAGGCCAAUGGUACCCCAGGGCUGCAGAUGCUGGAGAGCAAUGUCAUGAUCUCCCCAGAGGUGCUGUGUAAAGAGGGGAUCAAGGUCCACAGGACUGUGCAGCAAAGCGGGCAGUUUGUUGUCUGCUUUCCCGGGUCUUUUGUGUCCAAAGUAUGUUGUGGCUACAGCGUCUCAGAGACAGUGCACUUUGCUACCACCCAGUGGACAAGCAUGGGCUUCGAGACUGCCAAGGAGAUGAAGCGCCGCCACAUAGCUAAGCCAUUCUCCAUGGAGAAGUUGCUCUACCAGAUCGCACAAGCAGAAGCAAAAAAGGAAAAUGGUCCCACCCUCAGUACCAUCUCAGCCCUUCUGGACGAGCUCAGGGAUACAGAACUGCGGCAGCGCAGACAGCUGUUUGAGGCUGGCCUUCACUCUUCUGCCCGCUAUGGCAGCCAUGACGGCAACAGCACAGUGGCGGAUGGAAAGAAAAAGCCUCGAAAGUGGCUGCAGCUGGAAACGUCAGAGAGGAGGUGCCAGAUCUGCCAGCAUUUGUGCUACCUGUCCAUGGUGGUACAAGAGAAUGAGAAUGUCGUGUUCUGUCUGGAGUGUGCACUGCGCCAUGUGGAGAAACAGAAGUCUUGCCGUGGGCUGAAGCUGAUGUACCGCUAUGAUGAGGAGCAGAUCAUCAGUUUGGUCAACCAGAUAUGUGGCAAAGUGUCUGGCAAACACACUGACAUUGAGAACUGUCUCAACAAACCCACACCAAAAAGAGGCCCCCGUAAGAGAGCGACUGUGGACGUCCCGCCAUCUCGGCUGCCAUCCUCAUGAAGAUGCCGAAACCCAUGGUCACUUAUAUAUUUUUUGUAAUUACUAUAUUCUAGUUUGGAGUACUUGCUGUAGGAUACAAGCUGUCUUUGCACUAGCUCUAAAGAAGAAUUUCUUCUGGUUUUAGAGAACUGAUUUUGUUUUAGCAUUAAACUGUUGAAGUUUUGUACGUAGAUAUCUAGGUAUUGCAGUCAGGUUUGGAAGCUGCCGUACACUCACUGUUUAAACCUUUGAGGGGCUGUAUUAAUUUGUAUCGCCCUCACGGCUGACAAAAGCCUUUUUUUGUUUUGUUUUUUGUUUUUGUUUUGUUUUGUUUGGUAACUGUUGGGGAAUAAAGGCUUUUUAACCCAUUUUUGAAGAGGGUGAAGUUUGGAGAACAAAUUUUAAAACCAUCAGUCAUAUGAGCAGAUUUUUCUAGAUUGGGAAAAGGGAUAGAAGACACACACACACACACACACACACACACACACACACACACAAAGAAACUUGAAAUGGCUUUACUUUGGCUGUCUUUUCUUCUGUCUUGUGCAAGGAGAGUUUGUAACUUUUGGAACCGGAGCGCCUCGUUUGUUUAGCUGGGCGGUUAUGGCAGCUGAAGGCAAAAUGUGAGUUUUGAGUGACUAGGUUUUCAUACCAGCACAUCACUAUGCAUCCGUUCGAGGAAGAAAGAGGACGAAGACAAAGACUGCCUGCCUUGGAGGUCACUGAGGGAGACCUGUGCCUGAUUUCAUUAGGAAAUCCAUUCUGUUAUUUUUUUGGUGCUGUUGGCUACUUUAUCAAAAAAAAAAAAGAAAAGAAAAAGAAAAGAAAAAAAACCACAAAAAAUAUCAAAAAAAAAAAAAAAACAAAAAAACAAAAAACAACCCACCCUUCAAAUAGCAUCCUUGAGGAAAAGGAAAACAGUAGUUGAUUGUAAGUGCUUCCCUGUCAUCCAGUGCAAUUUCCUGACAUUCCACCUCCAUCUGCUUGUUUUCACUCACACAUCAGCAUUAAUUUUUGUUUAAAACAUACUUAGAGCCACUAAGUCUGCAGUUCUUUCUGAAUGUGAAAAUACAUCUGUGCUCAUCUUGUCUAUUUUCUCUCUUCAUGUUUUAACAAAAAAGAAAAAAAAAAGAUUCCCACCCCCUUUGUACAUAAUCCUGUAAAUUGUUUUAAAUACUUGAGCCUUUUCUUGGUGGGGGGAGGGGCGGGUGAGAAGAUGAAGAAAAGCCUUACAUUUCAGUUUCUUCAUCGGCUGGAUUGGAUGCUUACAGGGUUCUUCUUGUAACAUUUAUAAGUGCUGCUUACAUCACUCAACAACAACAAAACGUGGUAAUGGAGUAGCUGUUGCCCUUCUCCGGUUGUGUGUACAGUAUGUGUGGAAUAAAAAAGGGAAACUGUUUUCACAAGCUGUUCUUUGUUUCAUAAUUGGAUCAGUCCGUAGCUACCCACAUUGCACUGAGCUUGCCAGUGGUGACUGCCAGGAAUGUCCUAGGAUCCACUUUGGUGGAUGUUGUUGCAGAAGACUGAACUGUUUUGGAAUAUUUAACGAUUACAUAACAGUCGAGUGUUUUCCCAUGUGGUUGUCCAGUUUUUAUGGCCUUGCUGUGUACUUUUCCCUCUUUGACAGUAAACUUUCGCCUAUGGCUUACAGUUUGACAUUUAAUUUAUUAGCGCUGCUCUGCACCCCUCCCUCAAGAGGGAGGACUUCGUGUGGUUUAUUGCCAGUUUUUUGUUUACUUUUCAGGUUUGUACUACAAGGUUUAAUAAUAAAAACAAGUUUUUUGGA